AUAUGACCUGAUGUUCGGUAAAUAUGAUAUGCACGUGUACAUUCAAUCUGUAUCAGAUGUCUUGGUGUCGACGACCUUGAUCUUACUUUACAGCAGUAUUGGCGGCUCCUUGACUUCUGUUGGACACGUGGAGUUGGAUGCUGGGAUUAUGGAAGGAAAAACUUUGGAAGCAGGUGCGGUUGGUUGUGUGAAAACCGUCAAAAACCCUGUGAGUCUGGCCCGACAAGUGAUGGAGAAAACGGAUCACGUAUUCCUUGUUGCUGAAGGAGCUGAGCAGUUCGCAAAAUCUAUUUCAUUUGCUGAAGUGGAAAAUUCCUCCUUGAUUUCGCAAAAGUCGCUGGAUGCGUUAGAACGGACCAGAGCUCGAUAUAAGACGACCAUUCAAGCAAAUUAUAGUGGUGGAUUCUUUGCGGAUGACACCAUUGGUGGCGUUUGCACCACAGGCAAUGGGGAAGCCAUUGCCAAAAUGGUUCUUGCUCACCGCAUCAGCUCUAAAAUGGACGCAGGUUUUUCCCCGAAAGAGGCUUGCGAUGCAGCUUUGGAGGAGAUGAGACUCCGAAUAGACGGGGAUGGUUACGGAGGAGCGAUAGCUGUGAACAAGAACGGUGACGUGGCAUACUCAUUCAACACGUACAGAAUGUCUUGGGCUAUCCGACGAAGAGAUGAGAUUCGUUUCGGAAUAAAUCGGGGCGAAGAAAUAAUUGAAAGAAUCGGGGAUUAGAGAUAUCAUUGAGACGUGGCGCUGAUAUGACUGAGUCAUUCCAACAUUCCUGAUGAGAUAUUUUUUUCGGAUUUACAGUAUGCUGUGGAUAGUGUGGAGAUGGAUGAAUGACACAUGCUGUCAUACAUAUCCGCUAUGUAGGUCUUUUAAGGUUUAUCUCUUUGCAUGACUAAUAAACUAAUAGUACAGUAUCGAAAACUAUAGCUCAUUUAUCAAAUGCAUACUUUUUCAUUAUUGGCUAUUACAAAACUUUCGUUCUCGGUACCAACUCUCACGCGGGCUUAGAUUAACCAUAUUUAAAAGAUCUAUAUCCAUCAAUUUUUCUUUUUGUAAUAGUCGAAUGUUCAUCUGCUGGAAAAGAAUAUAACGCAACUUGCAUAUGCUCUGCUGUAAUUUUAAACCUAACCUCUUGAUCUCCAUCUGUUCGAUGAUACAUUCCAGAAUUUUUGUAGUGCUUGCUGUACGCAAAUCUUUAUCAUCCGGACGUUGAUGAGAUUCGAUAAAAUGUCAUUUCGUGUGGGAAAGGAAGCGACCUGAUUCUUUAAUAGGGGACGGUCGAAUUCCAGCAGCAUAAUUGAUCUCAGGUGAUAAUAAGUACAAUAUGUUCUACUGAACAAAAGUUUUUGGCAUUGUACAUGCAAGCACAAUAUAUAGGCUUAUUCUGUGCGGAUAAAUAUUGCAGUCGGCCAGAAAGCACGAUACCGGAAAAUUUACCUGAAGAAAUAAUCUCAGCGAUGAGUAAUUACGCUGCUUCAAAGAUUUUAAGUGGAAUCGAAUUCCAGGCGCAAUGCUUGUUAGCUUGAACGUCGUCUAUAACCUUUUAUAGUCGUUCCUUUUUUUUCAAGAGUGGAAUAAUUCGUUACCCACGGUUGCGUUUUCUGCCAUAAUUGUCGCAUACAAGUCUAAAAUUAUCAUCUGAAGUUCGUUGUUGUGCCGCGUGGUUAAUAAAAUUGUGACUUGAUUGAAAUGGGGUCCUGAAA